UGAGUUCCACAUUAUCUGGUCUCACUUUCUAGCAACGUGUUUUUUGUUUAUCAGAGCGAUGCGAAAAUGGUACCGAUUUUUCUUGUGGAUACCAUAGGGAAUGCGAAUCUGCUUGGCGAGCAACAGAAUUCACUUGUGUAUAAGCGAGAAAAUUUUAUAAUAAAUCAUAAAAAAAUUGAAGGUAGCGACGUUUUGGAGAAUAGUAAAAUAGAACUUUUUGGCUUAGAGCUAGACAGCAAAGAUAUUGAAAAAGCUGUAAAUGAUAACCAUUUAUGUAAAGGAAAGCAACUCAAUACCAAAGUGAAAAGAAAUUUUUCAAAGGAAAAAGUCGCUAAUGCUUCCGGAAAUUCCUCCCCAAAGCCGGUCUCACAUUUAAGUUACAGCAACGCUGAAGCAAAUAUGAAGCAUCAAAACGUGGUAAACAAUAUGAAAAGGGCAAAACGUGCUGUGGAACCGGGAUUCGAUCAACGCAAGUCAUUGUCAACUAUGAGUAGAAGGAAGCAACCUGCUUUUAAUAGAGUAAUUCGAACGAAGUCCAAGGGAAGUGGUUGGUUUGAUCUUCCCGCAACUGAAGUUACGGAAGAAAUGCGCAACGAGUUAAAAAUAAUUCAAAUGAGAUCGGUUCUUAAUCCAAAACAAUUUUAUAAAAAAAACGAUUUAAAGAAUUUGCCAAAGUAUUUCCAAAUUGGAACCGUUCAACAUUCAGUUAUAGAUCAUCAUAAAGAAAAAAACACUCGAAAAUCUCAUAAGACUCUGGUAGAUGAACUUUUGGAGAAUGAAGCUUUUCAGAACUUUAACAGGCGAAAAUACAAAGAGGUUAAUGAACGUAUUAAUACAUUUUCCAAUAAAAAAGGUUUAAAAAAAAGAAAAAAUCUAAAAAACAAGUAAAUAAAGGAAUAUUUUAAAGUACA